AAAAGCUUAAAUAUCAAAUAAAUUACUUUUAAGAAAAGUUCAAAGUUAAAAAAAAAAUCAAUAUGAAACAUCAACAAGUUGUUGUCGACUACUGGAAUAUGAUAAAAACUUCAUUUACCUGUUUGUUGUUGGCCUUCUCUGGCUAUAUUUUAAUCAAAAUGGUACAAACCAUAUUUUGGUUACCAGGCUAUUUACAGAAGAAUCAAAAACGUUUGGAAGAGUUGGCAGCGCAGUACUCUUUGGAUUUAGACGAUGAUAAAAGUCUUGCUGAUGUGCUCAAAGCACAGAUUGAAGCAACUAUAGAGGAAAAAGAACCGCUAACAAAUGAGAAGAGUGGUGAGGCUAAGGACAUUGACGCAGAUGUAGUGGCGAAUGUGCAAGGCGAGCCCAAAAAGCAAAAAUAA